AUGGCUAUCAUAGAAGAGAGGGUCUGUAAGGUCAACGAACUCAAGAAUGGGCAAAUGAAGGAAGUCAUGGUCGGAAGUGCUGGCAAGGCUCUCCUUUCAUGUGUUGACGGUGUCUUUCGAGCGACUUCCCAUCUAUGCCCGCAUUAUAAAGCUCCUCUUGCUAAGGGCGCUCUGAGUGAGGAUGGUCGCGUCAUAUGUCCCUGGCACGGUGCCUGCUUCUCGGUCAACACCGGUGAUAUUGAAGACGGUCCAUCGCUCGACAGUUUGCAAUGCUUUGAAGUUAUUGUGAAGGGAUCUGACGUGUACAUUCGUGCUGAUGAAGAUGCCAUCAAGUUGGGACGACGUGUACCUCCCUCAGUAAGGAUAUCGUCAACAGACAAGCGAACUGUUGUCAUUUUAGGUGGAGGAGCCGGUGGAAUGGUUUGCGCUGAAACACUUCGAGCAUCCGGUUUUGCUGGACGUGUCGUUCUUGUCUCUCGAGAACCAUAUUUACCUAUUGAUCGUCCUAAAUUGAGCAAAGCUUUGAAAUCAGAGCCAGCUAAAAUCGCUCUCCGUGACGAAAAGUUCUUUGCUUCUCAAGAUAUCGAUAUCUUGUUGGGAACUGAAGCCAAAUCUGUCGAUGUCAAGGCCAAGAAGGUCACUCUUAGCAACAAAAGUGUGCUUGGAUAUGAUUAUUUGGUGUUGGCUACUGGUGGUGAUCCAAGGACAUUGCCAGUUCCAGGAAAGGACCUCAAGAAUGUAUUUGUGUUACGAACAGCUACUGAUUCAAAUGCCAUCGAAAAAGCUGUUGCUGAUGCUGCAGCAGCUGCUGGAGGUGGAGAUGCUAAGCCCAAUCUUGUUAUUGUUGGUUCGAGUUUCAUCGGUAUGGAAGCAGCCAGUAUCUUGGCAAAACAAGCCAAUAUUGCCGUUAUCGGAAUGGAAAAAGUACCGUUCGAACGUGUUCUCGGUACACGAGUUGGAACUGCUAUGGCCACCUUGAACACCAACAACGGAAUCAAGUUAAAGAUGGAGGCUGUUGUUGAUCGAUUUGAGCCCUCUGCGUCCGACAAGACUAAAAUUGGGGCCGUCGUUCUCAAGACAAAGGAAGUUGUUGCCGCCGAUGUUAUCGUUAUCGGUGCUGGGGUGAUUCCCAAGACUGACUUCCUAAAGGACUCUGGCAUCAAGUUGGAUCGUGACGGUGGUAUCACGGUUGAUGCCCAACUUCGAGUACCAGAUGCUGAAGGUGUCUUUGCUGUCGGCGAUGUGGCACGCUACCCAUACCAUGUGACUGGUGAGAUGGUGCGAGUGGAGCAUUGGAAUGUUGCCCAAAACCAUGGUCGUCUGGUAGCCCGAAAUAUCGUAUCCUUGACAAAAGGUCUGGAGCCCAAGUUGAACUUUGUCCAAAUACCCUUCUUCUGGACUGUACAAUUUGGCAAAUCAAUCCGAUAUGCUGGACAUGCUGAAUCGUUUGAUGAUGGCUCAACUGAAUUGGACAGCACUGGUGGCGGUUUAGCCUUCAUGGCCUACUACGUUCGAGGUGAAAAUGUGUUGGCUGUUGCCGGUUUAGGAAAAGAUCCGCUUGUGUCCUAUUGUAGCGAGUUAUUGAGAUUGGGCAAGAUGCCAUCUGCAUCUGAACUGAAGACUGGCAAGUCUCCCAGCGAAGUCGCACUAGCAGAUCCGAGCAAGCCAGUAAAGGCCGCAUCUUCUGCCUCUGCCUCUGCACCUCAAAAACCUCAAGCAUCUACUGGUGCAGCUUCAAGCUCAUCAUCGUCAGCAUCCUCUUCAUCUGUUCCCUCUUCCAACCCAGCAUUGCUUGUCGUGGCCGUAAUAGUCGUAGUCGCUGCUGUUUCCAUAUACUUUUACAAUGCUAAGAAGAACUAA